UGGCAGGUCGUUCGGUUUUGGUGUCUAUAAUAUGGACAUGUAGCAAACAGAAACAACUAGAAGGGAUAUUAGCUGUGGUCCAGAACUCAACCAGAUGAAACAACAUCGCCGGACGAGCCUUUGCAGCUGUUUAGUUUUAUCUUGAGGUCACUUGACGUCCUCCUUACUUGCUGAAUUCUUCAUUUCGGGCCAAGACCUAGGAGAAAGAAAAUGCAGUGCACUCCUGAGUCAGCUUUCUACCCUCAGAGCUGCAAAGACCAGCGCUGUUAUGAUGACUGUUCUGACAGUGGAUACUCAGGUUUGUUCCAAAGCCCUCGGAGCGUUGUUGGAGUUGACCCCCCUUUGUCGCCAGCAGAAUUAAAUGAAACACCUAAGGAGAACGUAAGGCUUUAUCUCACGCCUAAGGAGAGGAUAAAAGAACCAGUCAGACAUUUGGGCAAAGACUCCAGGGGGUUACUGCGACCAUCAGUAGUUAGCUGGUGUGAAACUCCAAAAGUAUACAAAAGGGAUUCAUCAUUGCGACACAGACUUCCAAUGUGCAAGCCAUCCACAGAUGUCAAAGAUGACAAUCAAAGAUCACCGUGCACCAACAGAACUGAAUCUUCGGUCAGUGUCAGUUUUCAGAGCAGGCUCAGUGAAUCACCGGACUCUCUGGACAUGACGAUGGAGAUUUUGGCAUCAAACACUUUAAAAGCAGAUCAGGAUCUGGCACUGUCUGGCAGGAAACGUCGUCUGUUCUUCACACAACUGAGAACCUCCACUUUGGAAGAUGGUAAAACCAACUCUGGUCCCUUUUUUAGCUUUGUGAGAGAAGUUUCACUCAUAGACACAGAUUCCAGCCACAACAGUUCUGCCUCUGAUCAACCUGAUAUGAAGACUCCAGACGUUUGCAAAUUCCGGCCUGUCUUAUCGAAGGAAAGCUCUCAAUCACCAGUUAGCAGUGAGAAUACUGACCUGUAUGACAGCUCAAGCGUUUUGUGCACACUGUCAUCAAUGCAUACACCUGAAUACAUCAGGUAUGUGCUCUGUUGACACUGAACUUUAAACAUUGGUUGUAAAUUUUGUAAGUUGAAUUCAUGUAGAAUCAAAAACAUGUCUGCAUU